GUGAAGCUUGGUGAUUUUUUCGUUCUGCUGACUAUUCUUUUUCUUGUUCGGGACUCGCAUGCACCACAGGCUCUAAAUCCGUUCCUCCAGCUCAGCAAAGUGAACUGCUACAAGAUCCCUCUCAUUCGAUGUCAUCAACAUCAAACGAACAUCCCAGUGAAAUCGAAGUCGAAUGAUGUGUUGGGCUCUUCUCGAUUUACAGUUGCUGCCACGGAAUCUUCUCCCUACAAGGUUCAAGAAUACUAUGGAUUUUCGAAGUAUUCCUUCAUGAGCCUAGACCUUCUUGAAAGUCGCAUACAUGAGUUGGAACGCCUGGUUCUCGGAGCCUCGGCCAUAUCCCUUCAAGCAUCAUCUACCCAGACCGUAUCGGAUUUGAUAGCUAAUGCUCAAAAACAGCUAACACUGGCGGAGAAAUACCCGAAAAUUAAGGAGAUUUUGGAGAGAAGUAGUGAAUUACGCAAAUACAUGGAUCCUAAUUUUCUGGAUGAUCAGACAGUGGCUAAUGCAACAAAAAUCAAGAUUAUUCUCUCACUUGAGACUGAAAUACUGCGAACCGCCCAAGCCUUGGAGGCUCUCCAGUCUUUGAAGUCUGUGCUCAAUCAUCCUGCCUAUUCGGAUCUGUCAGGUUUGAAGGCGAAGUUUGCCGCCAUGCAACAAAAGCAUGCACAGCAGGAGGUGCAAACAACAGAUUUUAUCGAAGAAACUAGCCAAAUUCUCGAGACUUAUGCGAAUACGACACGCGACAUCUCCAAGCUGUUGGUUGCCUGGCAGAAAAAGGUGACUGCUAAGUGA